AUGACGUUCAGCUUGAUCAUACCGUUCGGCCGCAACUCUUGUCGGGGGACACUCUCCGGGUUCCCGUCCCGGAGAAGAGUCGUCCUUCGACCUCAUGUACAUCGCCUCCCCGUCCUCAUCUGCUUUGCCCUCUUGUCCCUGCUCCUCGUCGCCAUCCUCGAGGUCCUCACCCGCCAGAGCCUGAUGGCCGGGGGCCUCUCCCUGUCCACCGAGCCAGACGACCUCUCCGCCUUCGCCACCUUCGGCUACCUCUUCCUCCCCACCGUCGUCGCCGUCUUCUACAGCUUGUUCUGGAGCUGGGUCGACCUGGACGCGAAACGGACGCAGCCUUGGUUCGAAAUGUCGCGGGAGGAGGGGGCCACCGCUAACCACUCCAUCCUGUUGACGUACCCCUACGACUUUGUCGGCUUUGUGCCCUUUCGGGCCUUGAAGAAUCGCCAUUGGCCCGUGUUCUUCUCCGGCACCACCAUGACAAUCAUCAUGUGGGCCAUCGUCCCCUUACAAGCCGCCAUCAUCGCUACCGAUUCCGUCACCAGGACCCGCGAUGUCCGCAUCCUGAACGGCCUCACCUUCAUGCCCACCUCCGAGCACCCCAUGAUCCUCGACCAAUCCAUCCUGAACGAAGCCUACGCCAUCACCUGGCUCGACCAACGGUACCCCCCUUUUACCACUCCAGAUUACACCAUCAUGCCAUUCGAAGUGCAGGCCAGCGAUCCACAGACGCCUACUACUACCACAAACAGGAAUCUGACAGGAACAUCCGUCAAAUACUGGACCGACUUGGACUGCUGGCCCGCCCAAAUCUCAAGACACGGCCCCUCGACGCGGAGGACCUUCGACUUCCUCGACGGCCGGGGCUGCAACGCCAGCGACAUCGCCGCCUACGGCCACUUCGGCGGCCAGAGUCCCUUCAAGAUGUUCUACCUCGGCUGGCAGGACAGCGCCUUCGCCUCCUACUCUCUCGAGAGCCCGACCUGCCCCGACGUCCGCAACCAGUUCCUGGCCAUCUGGACCCACCACAACGCCUCCCUGAUGGAGGACCACCCGAACGACAUCCGACUGGAGGCUGCCUUCUGCAAGACGAGCUAUUACCGCCAGACCGUCCGCGUCACCGUGUCGGCGGAGAACCGGGAACCCGUGGAGGGCUCGGUCGUCCCCCUGGGGCCCGUGCAGCCGUUGACCGAGGCGGAGUUUAACGUCACCGCCUUCGAGUACCUCCUCGGCGCGGGCGUGUCGGCUGUCGAGUUGCACGUCCAGCGAGAUUAUCCCUUCGGACGGCUGCUCGAGCAGUAUCCCCACAUGAUCGACCUGGGGUUGGCGUGGCCCAUGUCGCCCAUGGUCGGGUUCGCCGUCGGAUCGCAGAAGGAAGACCUGCCUUCGCUCCACGUGUUCCAGAACCGGUCACGACUCAUCGAGGCGUUCACCAUCGCACACAGGCAGAUCUUCUCCCUCGCACUACGUCGGGUCAUGGUCAGCGCGACCGACAACUUCACGGCGCAGGGGACCGAGAACAUGGAGCUACACGGCAUCGUCGUCAGCCGUCUGUUCUCCGCCAUCGUCGAGGCGUUACUCGUCUUGGUGUCCCUUUUCGUGCUCGCGCUGGCGUGGAUUUGUCGGAAGGCGCCGAGCGCCCUGACCGAGGACCCGAAUUCCCUUGCGUCUCUGAUGGAUAUCUGCCGCGACAGCUCAGCUCUCUUGGACAAUCUCGCCGGUAAGGGCUGCGCGUCCGAGGAAGACUUGGCCGACGCACUGCAGGAUUUGAGGGUUAUUGAAGUCCUGGGCGACCGUGGGAACGCACAGAGUGGUGGUCGGGUGAACCUCGAUCGGCAGGACUCGGCGGCGGCUAGAGGUCAUUACACCCCUGUCCGACCUUGGGCUCUUCGCCGUCCUCUUGCUGCCUUGGUCAUAUUGAUUAUGGUCGCGGCAAUGGUUUGCCUUGUGUAUCUCAAGCAGGAGGAACAAACCCGAGGUGGGCUUAUACCGCCGAAUGCCAGCUUCGAUGUCCAGCAACUCCUCCUCAGUUUCUUGCCAACCAUCUUUGCCACUUUGAUGGAGCCCUUCUGGGUCCUAUUGAACCGCUUGCUCUGCAUUCUGCAACCAUUCAAGGACCUUUGGUCGGGCCAUAGACCAGCUAAAGGGUCCAUAAACGCAAGGGCCCUGGGAGCCGGUCACUUUCUUCUAGCCAUGCUUGCCGCUGUGGCCCUGCUCUCCAACGUCCUCGCAGUCGGUCUCGGCGGUAUCUUCAACCAGCAUCCGGUGCAGGUCCGCUACCCGCGCACGUUCGAGGCCUUUCUUUUUCCCAAGAUUGAUAAGGCGACUCUCCACGACGUCUACUUCCUUCCUCGGAGCUUUACGGGAUUGGAUUAUCACGAGCCCUUCGUCGACUACUAUUUCCGCCCGUUCACUCUCCCAAACAGCGAAGAAACGAUUGCCCAGGCGUACACAUCGACCACCAGGGGCUUCGGCGUCACGCCCCAAUGUUCGCCUCUGGGCAAAUUCGAUUCCAAUGGCGUUGGCCCUCUGGUCAAUUACACGCUGUCAAGGAGAGGCCGCAUUCUUCCUGAAUGUCCAACACACUUUCAACCCGCCCAGUUGACCUUGGACAGGGCUCUUGUUAACAUGCCUUUCGGUCCUUCCGCCGCUGAGGUUGUAGACACUCUCGCCUCUGGCGCGGCUUAUGAUGUCUGCGAUACGACGCUGGUUCUGGGCUGGUCACAGAGUCCUCAGGUCCGGGAUACAGAUGGUUUCAUGGAAACCACGUUACUCUUAUGCGAGCCUGACUUUACGACAGCCCUUUUCGAACUAACCGUCAAUGAACAGGGUGUUGUACUUGCCUCGAAGCAGGUUUCCGAGUCCACGAACGUGCUCGACUAUCAAGACGCAACGAAUGAUACCGACACAUUGAUCGUCAUGACGAACUACCAGCUCAGGAAGUCGGAGCUGGCUUGGCACAACGAUACCCUAUCGCGAGACUGGAUGAACCACUUCUUGAAGAUCAUGCCCGGACACAAAGACCUCCUCGAUCCCGACGCCGCUCUUCCCGACCCCGAAGCCGUGAUCCCGUCUAUAGAGACCCUCUACCGCCAGCUCUUCGCCCUCAUCCUCGGCCUCAACCACCAAGUCUUCGAGCGCAGCCGCGAACCCGUCCUACUCGAGGGUACCGAACACCGCACCGAGACGCGCAUCUUCAUCCCCCUCCCCGCCUUCAUCAUGAGCGUCGCCGUGCUAGGCCUCGACGUCCUCGUCGCCGCCAUCCUGUACGGCUUCGGCAUCAAGCACUUCCUGCCCCGCAUGCCCACCACCGUCGGCUCCAUCCUGGCCUACGUGGCGCCCAGCCGCGCAUUGCGGGAAUACCACCCGGUCGAGGAAGGCGAGAAGAUGACCACGACGACCUCGACUCCUCGCGGCGCCGCCUCGUCCAGCACGUUUAGUUUCGGGCGAUACAUAGGCGACGACGGCCACGCCCACGUCGGCAUCGAGCUGGACCCGUAUGUCGUGCCGCUGCGCCUCUCGUCCUUGCGGAACGGCGACACGCGGCCUAGGAAAUCUCUGAUCGGGAGGAUCCUGCUCGGACGCAGGGAGUCGCUGCCGAAGGGGGGAAAGGGGACCGACACGUGGUUGUAA